UUCGCUCGGUUGAAGAAAAAAAUGAAGUAAAAAGUACGAGUAUCACAAAAACAAUGGCGAAUGGAUACGAGCAGUGACGACUUUUUAUUCUUUCGUUCACGUUAUUCAUACAAUAUUUACAAUACCGUUUCGCAAUUUUCAAUUUAUUUAUUCGUUUAUUUAUCGAAACGUUUACUGUGUGUCGUUAAUAAACGUUUUUUUUUAUUGAAUAUAACAAUUUGUAUUGCUCUUAUCUUUUGGCUCUUGACUUUAAGACAUUUGUUCGUACGUUUAACGAGCGUUGUUUGUUCUUAUUAUUUCAAGUAAAAAAUUUGCGAGAUAGGGAAGUGCUCUUCAAUUUUCAACUGGGCAAAAUAGCUCCGCUCUAUCUCUACCUUUAUGGAGGUUUUCGCGAAAAAUUCUGUGAUUUCGAAUGCGCUCGGAUGAAAGUUUUGGAGAUAGCGCGAAACAAUACCGAAGUACGAUUGCAAUGGAAAUUUCCUGGAGAUGAAAUUACGACACUCUUUAUUUAAUGUCGGCGAACGGGGUGUCGUCUCAUUCUACGAAUUUCGUCAGCCCUUUCUGACCAUAUCGGGACCGUUUCUACUCGCGUUGAAAGUAGUUCAGCGGCGGUAAUUAGCCUGAAACUGAACUCGCAACUUCUCUGACACCUUCGAAAGUUUUCAGAUCGCAAUUAAGAAGGAUGGCUGAGGAACAGCCGAAGUACAAAUUGAUCUACUUUAAUGCACGAGGUCGUGCCGAGCAUAUUCGCUACAUAUUCGCCUACGCGGGCAUCGACUAUAUCGACGAGAGGAUCUCCAACGAUCGCUGGCCGGAGCUUAAAAAGUCGAUGCCUUACGGGAUGCUGCCAGUUCUGGAGAUAGACGGCAAGCCGAUAGCGCAGAGCAAUGCCGUGGCGCGUUACUUGGCCCGCGAGCACAAUCUCGCGGGCAAGGACGAGUGGGAAUCGAUGCUGUGCGACGUGCUGGUCGAUACCUUGGGAGACCUGAAACAAUUCAUCUUUCAGUAUCGCACGGAGGAGGAUCAUUUUAAGAAGGAGGAAAAGAAGGCGAAGCUGCUGAAGGAAACGAUACCGUUCUACCUGAAUAAGUUCGAGCAGACUGUUGCCGAGAACGGUGGUUACGCGGUCGGUUCUACGACCACGUGGGCGGACUUCGUGUUCACGGUGGCGUUGGAGAACUUUGAGAACAUUUUCGGUGCGACCGCCUUAGAGAGUUAUCCGGCGCUGCGCGGCUUGAAGAAGCGGGUGCACGAAAUUUCAGCGAUCGCCGAGUGGCUGUCCCGGCGACCUCAUUCGGAGUUCUGAAAUGUCGCUUCGACGACGGCAACCGGAAGGCGACGUCGACGGCGCAUCACAAACAAGUACAUAUCUGACGCUCGCAGCUCACUGUCCCGCAUCGCUCUGACGACGAUAUUAAUCGUGGCGCAACGCAAACACGACGUCCCUCGCGUUCCUGCGGAGCGCGGUUCUCUUCAAGCUACCAAUAUUUUUAAAUCAAGUCCCCGAAACUUUUAAUAAAUUACACUUCCCAGCGAACUAACGGCUGCGCAACGUCAAUAUUAUAAUUUCUUACUCAACGAGACAAAUGUAACAUAACACACGUUGUACAUAAACAGUUACAUCGCCGAGUAAGAAAUUCUAAUAUUGAUUAUGGUAACGUUGAUGUUAUGUUGAUGCUACGUUGAUAUUAUGUUGGUUAGUGCUUUCUGGGUUAAAAUUAAGUAUUCCAAGUCUUUUCGAGCGCCGCUCGGGCUACGAGAUUGAGUUCUUCUCGUGCAAAUGCGUUCGCUUGGAAAAUGAUGAUAUUACGUCGACGCUUACUUUCAAGCGACGUUUUAUUAUCAGUCACGUGAAACAGUAUAAUGGCCCAGGGAAAGAAUUGAUAUUAUCCGUCGAUAGUGAGAUGAAACAUGCACAACCUCGUUUAUUGCUACGACAGAGAAAAGUGAUAUAUCGUUUGCUACUUCAGUCAACUUAAUUUUUUUACGUGUAUGCGAGUUACACGAACUUAAGGGAUUCCCUCAGCCAUCUCUUUUACCGAUACAGUCAAAUAUACAAUAGUUUCUGCGCUUGUAAUUCUUUUCAUUGACUUUCAGGCACAAGAUAAUGCCAAUUUUUUUUAUUAUUAGACUUCUCGACUGAGCGUUUUAAGUAUGAAAAUGUUCUGCUAUGCGGCC